ACGUUUAAAUGUAUACUUUCAGAUAGUAGCAGAGGAUCAGUUCUGUGGCCACCAAGGCAAUGACAUGUAUGAUGAAGAAAAAGUGAAAUACACCGUUUUCAAAGUAUUAAAAAACUCCACGCUGACAGAAUUUGUUCAGAACCUCUCUCAAACAAUGGGAUUUCCCCAGGAUCAGAUCAGAUUAUGGCCAAUGCAAGCUAGAAGUAAUGGAACAAAAAGACCUGCAAUGUUAGAUAAUGAAGCAGAUGGCAAUAAAACAAUGAUUGAGCUCAGUGACAAUGAAAAUCCAUGGACAAUAUUUUUGGAAACAGUAGAUCCAGAGAUGGCUGCUACCGGAGCAACAUUACCCAAGUUUGAUAAAGAUCAUGAUGUAAUGUUGUUUCUGAAGAUGUAUGAUCCGAAAACUCGGAGUUUGAAUUAUUGUGGACAUAUCUACACACCUAUAUCCUGUAAAAUACGUGACUUGCUUCCAGUUAUGUGUGAGAGAGCAGGAUUUCCACAAGAAACUAACCUUAUCCUCUAUGAGGAAGUUAAACCCAAUUUAACAGAAAGGAUUCAAGACUAUGAUGUGUCUCUUGAUAAAGCUCUUGAUGAACUCAUGGAUGGUGACAUCAUAGUGUUUCAGAAGGAUGACCCAGAAAACGAUAACAGUGAGCUGCCAACAGCUAAGGAAUACUUCAGAGACCUCUAUCAUCGUGUGGAUGUCAUUUUCUGUGAUAAAACCAUCCCCAACGACCCAGGCUUUGUUGUUACUUUAUCCAAUAGGAUGAAUUACUUUCAGGUUGCAAAGACAGUUGCACAAAGACUUAAUACAGAUCCAAUGCUAUUACAGUUUUUCAAGUCUCAAGGUUACAGGGACGGCCCUGGUAAUCCCCUUAGGCACAAUUAUGAAGGUACUUUAAGAGAUCUUCUGCAGUUCUUCAAGCCUAGACAACCUAAAAAGCUUUACUAUCAACAGCUCAAAAUGAAAAUAACUGAUUUUGAAAACAGAAGAAGUUUUAAAUGCAUAUGGCUAAAUAGCCAAUUUAGGGAAGAGGAAAUAACAGUAUAUCCAGAUAAGCAUGGGUGUGUGCGGGACCUCUUAGAAGAAUGUAAAAAAGUUGUAGAGCUCUCUGAAAAAGGUUCAGGGAAAUUAAGGCUGCUAGAAAUUGUAAGUUACAAAAUAAUUGGUGUCCAUCAGGAAGAUGAGCUGUUAGAGUGUUUGUCACCCGCAACAAGUCGAACGUUUCGAAUAGAGGAAAUUCCUCUGGACCAGGUAGAUAUAGAUAAAGAAAAUGAGAUGCUAAUCACAGUGGCACAUUUCCACAAAGAGGUUUUUGGGACAUUUGGAAUUCCAUUCUUGCUGAGGAUACACCAGGGCGAACACUUCAGAGAGGUUAUGAAGCGGAUUCAGACAAUGCUGGACAUACAGGAAAAAGAAUUUGAAAAGUUUAAAUUUGCAAUUGUAAUGAUGGGUCGACACCAGUAUCUCAAUGAAGAUGAGUAUGAAGUGAACUUGAAAGAUUUUGAGCCCCAACCUGGCAACAUGUCUCAUCCAAGGCCGUGGCUAGGGCUUGACCAUUUCAAUAAAGCCCCAAAGAGAAGUCGCUACACUUACCUUGAAAAAGCUAUUAAAAUCCAUAACUGACUUAAUAAACCAGAUUGUCAAGGCAAGGGACAAAAUAAGUGUGUGUGUGCACCUUUUUAACAACUGUAGAACUUUGGUACACGUGCACUAUAUCUGAAGUCUUCAGCAAGAGGAUUUGCUGCUGAUGUUAAUUUUAUUUUGUUGAGGCUGUUCAGUUUGGCUUCUCUGUAUCUAUUGACUGCCCUUUUUGAGCAAAAUGAAGGUGUUUUUAUAAAGCUUGGAUGCCAAUGAGAGUUAUUUUAUGGUAAACGUAAUGCAAGGCAAUUGUCAGCAUAAUGAGGGAAGAGUUUAGUAGAACAAUUGACAUUGGCAAAAUAUUUGUCUGUAGUACGUUUAUAGAUGGCAUAAGCUGGCUGGCUGCCUUUCCUGGUAUGGUGUUCACCAUCACUGCAGCUAGUAAGUCUUAUGUUUAGACUCACAUCAGAUUUAUUUCCUUCAGUUAUACUUUAAAUGACAUUUUUGUGCAUUUGUAAAUGCAAAAAACUCACAUCAUCAAUAAAUAGCGAUCUCUACUUCAUUGUGUACA